UUCAAAUGAAAUCGGAUACAAACGACUGUCGACGUUUGCCUGCUACAACAUCUACAUCAGUUUUAACCUGUGUUUGAAUGGCUCGUUACCACAUUUCAUUCCUGGUGCUGUUUUGCGUUAUCAGUUUAUUUGAACAGGGAUCAACUAAUCCCGUUGAAGAACCACACCACGAUGCCCCGAUAAUAGGCCAUCACAAAGCUUUACUUAAGGCCAAAUUUGACUUGACAUCACUCAAUGGUCAGCUAAAAAAUUACGUUCAUCGUGACGUUAAAGAGGAGUUUCACGAAGUUGAAAACCAUACAAAUCAUAACACGCACGAAAUUGAGGAACUACAUCAUGAAAUAGAACAGCUGCAUAAGGAAGUUGAAUAUUUAAAAACUCACCACGUUGCAUUUUCUGCUGAACUGACCCAUCCAAUAGAAAAUAUGGUCGCAGACGAAGUAGUUCAUUUUGAUAAAGUCAGAGUAAACUCUGGAGGUUCUUACUGUGCUGAUACUGGAAAAUUUGUAGCAGAAGAAGAAGGCUUCUUUUAUUUCAGUGUCACAAUAUGCACCAAGAAGGACUCCAUUGUGGAAAUGGCACUACACGUCGAGGACCAUGAUGAAAUGAUUAUAUUUGCCGACGCAGAACAUCUAGAAUUGGGUUGCGCCUCAAAUAGUGAAAUUGUCCAUCUUCAGAAAGGAGAUCAUGUCGAAGUAGUGAAACAUGGCUCUGAUGGUGUUCCUCCGUUUUAUGUCCAUUCUAUGAGCACAUUCACUGGUUUCAUGCUUCAUUAAAGUCGCAUAAAGAAAAUGAAACGGACUUUUCUUUUUUCCAUUGUGAACCUGAUUCAAAUUAAAUUUACUUUCAUUUCAUUACAAAUUACAAAUAGUACUUGCAAUAAUACAGUGCUUUGGACAAACAAUGACCACUCAUAUAUCAUAAAGACAACUUAAAUAUCACCAAAUUUUACAUCUAAAUGUCAACAGUUUCUAUAUUAAUAAAAAAAAGAAUAGUUAAA